CCUAUAGCUUGAGUAUAUGCAUAAUACACGACUUCAACCUCUCAUCAGCAGUAGCAGACGAGCAGAGCUAUGUCCACACACAAGCCAACAUAUGCUCCUAGCCACUUUUCGCUUAUGGGGAGUGUUGCAAAUAUAUUAUUGUUUGCAUUGUUGUGCCUGUGCUCGCACGCUCGGAUGAAUCCCCCUUCGAGGAACAGCAGUCCCACAUCAAGCGAUGAGCGCGCUCUUCUCUCAUUCAAAUCCAUGUUGCUCUCAGCUGAAUCAGGUUUGCUGGCCUCAUGGAACACAUCCAUCCACUUCUGUGCCUGGCCGGGAGUUUAUUGUGGCCGUCGCCACCCCGAGAGGGUCGUGGCACUGCGCAUAGGCGCCUUCAAUCUAUCAGGGCGCCUCUCACCGUCCUUGGGUAACCUGUCAUUUCUCAGAGAGCUAGAUCUCCGAGACAACCAGCUCAUGGGAGAGAUACCCCUCGAACUUAGUCGCCUCGGCAGGCUUCAGUUUCUUAACCUUAGCACUAACUUUCUGAAAGGAAGCAUUCCUUCAGAGAUAUCUAGGUGCACCAACCUCAUGUCCCUCGAACUUAGCAAUAACCAUCUCCAAGGGAAGAUCCCUGCUAGCCUUGGCACCAUGGAAAACCUUUUCAUCUUGGAUCUUCAGGAAAAUGGUUUGUCUGGAGAGAUCCCUCAGUCGCUGGCAGGUUUGCCAUCUCUAGAAUUUUUGUUUCUGUAUGAUAACAUGUUAGUCGGGGAGAUACCACCAGCUUUAGGUAACCUAUCCAGCCUUCUCCAUCUUGAUCUAAUGCAAAACAUGUUGUCCGGUGCCAUCCCUUCAUCUUUGGGCAGGCUGUCCAGUCUAUCCUGGCUCAGUUUGGCUUACAAUAACUUGAGCGGCACAUUACCCGAUUCUAUUUGGAACAUCUCCUCUCUAUGGGGCAUCAAUAUCGAACAGAAUGUGCUCAGUGGCACGAUACCAAAGAAUGCAUUCAGCAAACUUCACAAUCUACAUACAGUCUCCUUGGACAAUAAUAUUUUCCAUGGCCGUCUCCCGGCCUCAAUUGGGAACGCCUCGCAUGUGAGACUACUUCAGUUAGGUCCAAACCUUUUCAGUGGCACUGUUCCUCCACAGAUUGGCAGAUUGAGAUAUCUCAACAGGCUGCUCAUCACAGACACUUCGCUUGAAGCUAAAGUAGCCAGAGAUUGGGAGUUCAUAACAUCAUUGACGAACUGCACCAGGCUAUGGAAUUUGGAGUUUGGUUCAGGUAAGUUUGCAGGGAUCCUUCCUUCCUCGGUUUCAAAUCUUUCAACAUCAUUAAGGACUCUUUACCUUCCAUACAACACUAUUUCUGGGAGCAUACCUGAAAAGGUUGGGGAUCUAAUUAAUUUACAAUCUCUUGUUCUUGAUAACAACUCUUUUACUGGGACAAUUCCAUCUUCCUUGGGUAAUCUGAAAAAUCUUCAACUAUUAUCUGUACCGAACAACAAAAUCAGUGGAAAAAUCCCAUUGGCUGUAGGAAAUCUUACAGAACUGAUCAGUUUUGACCUUAGCAAUAAUGCUCUAAUUGAUCAGAUACCAAACACAUUUCAAAACAUGACAAAGUUAUUGGGACUGCGUCUUGGUAGAAAUUAUUUUACCGGCACAAUUCCAAGUGGACUAUUCAGUAUCCGCACACUCUCCAUAGUCUUGGAUUUAUCUCAUAAUCAAUUGGUAGGAUCACUACCGGAAGAAAUCGGCAAUCUUAUAAAUCUUGUGGAAUUUUGGGCAGAUUCUAAUAAAUUUUCAGGCGAAAUUCCUUCCAGGCUUGGUGAAUGUCAACUUCUCCGGUUUCUCUAUCUUAACAGUAAUUUAUUAAAUGGUGUUAUCCCACCACUGCUGGGUCAACUCAGAGGCCUUCAGUCUCUAGACCUCUCAACCAACAAUUUGUCUGGACAGAUACCCAUCUUCUUCGGGAACUUUAGCAUGCUCAAUUACCUAAACCUUUCAUUCAAUAGAUUCGAAGGUGAAGUACCAAACACUGGUGCUUUUGCAAAUGCUAGUUUAAUUUCCAUUCAAGGCAACGGGAGACUUUGUGGCGGUAUACCAGACUUACAUCUGCCUCUUUGUUCCCUCAAAUUACCAAAGAAAAAUAAUAAACUUCUUGCCACUACUAUAAUCAUUCCUCUUGUUACUAUAUUACUCAUCCUCGCUUUGCUCUAUAAGAUUCGUAUUUGGAGCACAAAAAGAAAACUAGAAAACCCCUCAACAUCAUCCUUGCCAGGGCACCCCAUGAUCUCAUAUUUGCAAUUAGAAAAGGCAACAGAUGGUUUCUCAACAACCAAUCUGCUUGGUUCUGGCUCAUUUGGGUUUGUGUACAAAGGGGAGCUAGAUGGCCAAGCAGGUGAAACAAUAAAUCAUGUUGCUGUGAAGUUAUUAAAGCUUCAAACUCCUUCGGCACUCAAGAGUUUCACUGCAGAAUGUGCAGCACUGCGAAAUUUGCGACACCGAAAUCUUGUCAAGAUAAUUACAAUUUGUUCAAGCAUUGAUGCCAGAGGGAAUGAUUUUAAAGCAAUCGUGUAUGACUUCAUGCCUAAUGGGAACUUAGAAAGCUUUCUACAUCCUGCUAUAAAUGAUCCUACAGAGCAGAGGUUCUUGAAUCUCCUUGAGAGAGUUACCAUACUACUUGAUGUGGCCUACGCAUUAGAUUACCUUCACUGUCAUGGCCCCACACCUGUUAUACAUUGUGAUCUCAAGUCAAGUAACGUACUCUUGGAUGCCGAUAUGGUAGCCCAUGUUGGAGAUUUUGGACUUGCUAAGAUUCUUUGUGAUGGAAGUUCAAUCUUGCAUCAGUCAUCAAGUUCUAUUGGAUUUCGAGGGACAAUUGGUUAUGCUGCCCCAGAGUAUGGUGUUGGGAACAUGGUGUCAACACAAGGAGAUAUUUAUAGCUAUGGAAUUUUAGUUUUGGAAACAGUAACUGGAAAGAGGCCCACUGACAAACAAUUUGGUCAAGAGUGGAGCCUUCGUGAUUAUGUUGAGAUAUCGAUACAGAGUAGAAUGAAGGAUGCUGUGGACAGACGACUACUCUCGUUGGAACUUCAAAACGAGAAUCAGAGACUGGAUGAUUCUUCAUACAAUAGAAAAGUCGAAUGUGUUAUUUCACUUCUUCGGCUUGGAAUGUCCUGCUCUCAGGAAUCACCAUCAAGCAGAAUGACAACGGGAAGUAUCAUAAAAAAGCUGCAUGUUGUAAAGGAAACUCUAGCUAGUGAGAGGUUUCAAUGAGGUUUUAUGCCCUGUUUGGAUGGGCUCAAGUUGAAUGAUAAACAUUAGCACAUAUUAGCACUCAUACAUUUGCUAAAAAAUUUUAGUCUUGUCUUAAGUUUAGCCGACCGAUCCACCCUAUUAGUACUCCUGCUUGGAGGAGUAGUGCUAAACUUUAGCACUAUUGGACAUUGAAUCCAAACACCCUUUAACAUGUAUUUUGACAUGUGUUUUGACUUCUAGUAACAAAUUACAGCUUAGUACUUUCAAAUAUGUUUGAUAUAUUUUUCUGUAAUUAUUGAGAAGUGUGACUUUGUUGUAACAUUGGAGUCCGUAGGGGGUGAGUGUUCAUACGUGUAUAUAAGGACAUGCUAAUAAAGAUAAUUUUGCAUAUGUA